GGGGCAAAAUCGCUUUCUCUUUAUCAAUGGGCUAAUCAAUUAUACUGAAAAAAAGACGAGAACGAGGGGAUAAUGGAGACUUGCAUAAUUGGUCCAGUGACUAACUGUUUGUGGUUGUGAUCUUAGAUUUCGAUUGCAGGUAGACACCUGGAAAAUCAUGGAAAUCUUUCAAGUCACCAAAGAAAGAUUGGGGUUCAUAUCCAAAAGAUUCACAACAAUCUUAGUCAUUUUUUUCAUAGCUUUGCCAGUGUUAUUCAUGGUGUCAAUGAUGUCUAGGAACUCAAAGUUUGAAAGUGCAAUCCUUGGGGUAGAAGUUCAAAAUGCCACAGCAUUAGAUUAUGAUUCCUCUCAGCCUACCAGCAUACCAGAUGACAAACCAGUUAGUGACACUCUGGCUCAUGAAUUUGGAAAAGGAUCAGAUUCAAAAUAUGAGCAUUCUCAACUUAUCAGCACUCCGGAUAGCAAACUGCUUAAUGAAGCUCUGGAUCCUAGACAUGGCAAAGCAUCAGAUCCAGAAUACGAAUCCUCUCAGUCUACCAGCAUACUCAAUGACAAACAGCUUAACGAAACUCUAGCUUCCAGAUCCAGUGAAGGAUCAGUUUCAGAAAAUGAUUCCUCCCAGUCAACCAGCAUUCCCAAUGGCAACUUGCUUAAUGGAACAUUUGCUUCCAGAUUUGGUGAAAGACCAGGUUCAAGAAAUGAUUCCUCUGAAUCUACCAGUGUGGCUAAUGAUAAAGUGCUUGAUGAAUUAAUCCCUCCAGAAUUUGAUGAAAGAUCCUGCCUAAGCAGGUACCAUUCUGUCCUCUAUCGUAAAAUUUCAUCCCAUAAGCCUUCUCCGUUACUCCUGUCAAAACUGCGAAAUUAUGAAAAUCUUCACAAACUCUGUGGGCCUUAUACCAAACCCUACAACAGAACCUUAAAGAGACUGAAAUCUGGCCACGUCCAUAGUACCACAGAGUGUAAAUACAUUGUCUGGAGACCUGAUAAUGGCUUGGGAAACAGGAUGGUAAGCAUAGCUUCAUCAUUUCUUUAUGCUCUCCUCACUAACAGAGUCCUGCUUCUUGAUCUUGGGACUGACAUGGUUGGUCUCUUUUGCGAGCCAUUUCCAAAUACAUCAUGGUUAUUACCUAUGGACUUUCCUCUUAGGAACCAAUUCCGUAAUUCUGAACUGAGGUAUGCUCAUAGUUUCGGAGGCAUGCUAGAAAAAGACCGCAUAAACAUUUUAAUGAAAUCAACUCCAUCGUAUCUAUAUGUUACUCUUAAAAAACGUGAUUAUGAACUUGAUAAAAGAAUUUUUUACUGUGAUCAAAACCAAGCUCUUCUCGGAAAAGUCCCUUGGUUGAUUCUGUUAUCAGAGCAAUAUUUUGCCCCUUCUUUCUUCUUGAUUCCAUCUUUCAAGAAGGAGGCAACCAAAUUAUUCCCUGAAAAAGAAACUGUUUUCCACCAUUUGGGUCGAUAUCUUUUCAAUCCCUCAAAUCAAGUAUGGAGGCAGCUAAUCACCAGGUUCUAUGAUGCAUAUCUAGCCAAUGCACAUGAAAGGAUUGGCCUCCAAUUAAGAGUAUUCCAUGCUAAUGCUGCGCAAAUUCAAACUGUGAUGGAUCAAUUAUUAGCAUGUACCCUAAAGAAGAAACUUCUACCAGAAGUAGACACAAGAAAUUCUGUUGCUUCCUCUUCUAAGAAUCGGACAGCAUCAAAAGCUAUUUUGGUAACAUCUUUAUAUUCUGAGUUCUACAGGAAUUUAAGUAAUAUGUAUUUGGCGAACCCACCUUUGACUGGGGAAGUCAUUCGGGUUUACCAGCCAAGCCAUGAAGGGUAUCAGCACCGAGGAGAUAAUAAGCACAAUAUGAAGGCAUGGGCUGAAAUAUAUCUCCUGAGUUUGUGUGAUGUGUUGGUGACUAGUGCUUGGUCAACCUUUGGCUAUGUGGCUCAACGUCUUGGAGGUUUGAAACCAUGGAUUUUGCAUAAGCCAGGGCAUGGAAUAUACCUUCCUUGUAAACGAGCUAUGUCUAUGGAGCCUUGUUUCCAUUAUCCUUUCAGUUAUGAUUGCAAGUCAGAGAACAAACUUGAUGCUGGUAAUCUUGUUCCUUAUAUAAGGCAAUGUGAGGACAGAGAGUUGGGGGUGAAGUUGUUUGAUGAUCAUAAAGAACUGAAGUAGAACUUUCUGUAAGUAGUAUAUCCCAGCUUGAUGGAUUUUAGCCUGCACAGGUUAGUGUAGCUGUAGAGUUUGAAAUUGGAAUUUGCAAUGUACUGUCAUAUUGUGAAUUUGAAGCCUGAUUAGCUCAAACUCUUGACUUGUCAGGGUUGCAGGUACCCAAAAUUUACUAUAUACCUCGAAGACAUUGACAAAGUAGAGCCCAAAAGAUUUUUCUCAUUUUUAUGUAUUGUUAAUGCAUGUUUAAUGAAAUAAUUGUUAUAAAAUGUUAAUAUUCUUUGUUUAUCGUCUUGUAUUGUUCUAUUCAGAUUUUUUGUGUUUAUUUUAUUUUUUCCAA